GCUCCUCCAAUCAUAGGUGGUCUUCGUGUCCGAUGAAAAAUACAGGCUGCUAAUGUUGUGAGUUGGCCAACUGGGUUGUUAAUUUUCCUUCAAUAACCUGACAGGCCAUUACAUUGAAACAAAAUAUCAUUAUGGAGACCAACGAUGACACUACGACUGCCACUACGCCACCGGACUCCGAGCCGCAGCGUAAACGCAAAGCGCACGGAUUGCUAAAGAUGUACUACGGGCUAAAUGAUGAAGGAAAAGCAUCAAACCAACCCGAAUCUCUGGAUCCCUGUGACAUAAACGGGCCCCAUUUCGAUCCAGAGGUUUAUCUCAACAAGCUCCGAAAAGAGUGUUCUCUUGGCGAGCUCAUGGACCAGGAGAGCUGCAUGGUAAAGCAGAUCCGCUCCCUGGACAGCGACAUGCAGACCCUGGUGUAUGAGAACUACAACAAGUUCAUCUCAGCUACAGACACCAUUCGGAAGAUGAAGAAUGAUUUCAAGAAGAUGGAGGACGAGAUGGACUGCCUCUCGGCCAACAUGUCGGCCAUCACCGAGUUCAGCGCCAAGAUCAGCGGGACUCUGCAGGACCAACACGCACAGAUCACCAAGCUCUCUGGGGUCCACACGCUGUUGCGUAAGCUGCAGUUCCUCUUCGAGCUGCCGGCCCGGCUGAACAAGUGUCUGGAGCUGCAGGCCUACGCCCAGGCGGUCAGCUCCCACCGGCGCGCGCGCUGCGUGCUGCAGCAGUACAGCCACAUGCCCUCCUUCAGGGGCAUCCAGGACGACUGCAACACCAUCAUGGAGCAGCUGGCACAGCAGCUUCGCCAGAAGUUCAGGGACGGCGGCUCCAACGCGAAGGACCUGUCCGAGUGCGUGGAGCUGCUGCUGCAGCUGGACGAGCCGGCGGAGGAGCUCUGCGACAAGUUCCUCAGCCACGCCCAGUCCCGCCUGGAGGCAGACCUGCAGAGCCUGGAGGCAGAGCUGCGCGACGCACCCGUCUCCCCUGCUGGAGGACCAACAACAACAACAACAACAACAACAACAGACACAGCCGCUGCGGCUGUAAAGAAGGCAGCCUCCUCCGUGUCAUCAGGGGCCGGCUCCCCCAGCGACGCCUCCAUGAUGCCUCCGCCGGCGUCCCCCAACCCCUUCCUCUCCACCGCCUCCAAGAGCGACAUCCUGGAGUUCAUAGACCGGGGCUGUAAUGAGUUUGUCAGCAGCCUCUGUCUGGUCAUCGCCUCGUACCAGGAGCUCUUCACCAACCGCCCGCAGGAGGGGGAGCUGGCCUCCAAGAACAUCCCCGAGAUGGCCAGCAGGAAGCUGCACGCCUUUGUGGACGCGCUGGCCGCUCGGUACUUCUCCCUGGUGGAGAGGAGGAUCCAGGAGGAGAAGGGUGUCGGGGACAACUCGCUGCUGGUGCGGGCCCUGGACCGCUUCCACCGGCGCCUGCAGGCCGUGUCCAAGCUGCUGCCCGGGUCGGCGGUGCCCAGCCAGGGCACGGAGAUAGUGGUGCGGGCGGCCCGGGAGAGGAUCAAGCAGUACCUCUCGGCCCUGCAGAGCUUUUACAUGGACAGCCUGACCGACGUGAGGCAGGCCCUGGCCGCGCCGCGCCUCUCCGGUGGUGCUGGUGGUGGUGGUGGUGGUGGUGGAGGGGGAGGCGGUGGGAAGGACGCCCCUCCUAACCUGCCCGACCUCCUGGCUUCGUUCUCGGCCUCCAUAUUGAAUCAGAUCAAGACGGUGCUGGCCUCCGUGCAUCUGUUCACCGCCAAGGACAUCACCUUCUCCAACAAGCCUUACUUCAAGGGGGAGUUCUGCAGUCAGGGCGUGCGUGAGAGCCUGGUGGUGAACUUCAUUAAGUUUGUGUGCCAGUCGUCUCGUCAGUUCUGCGAGAGCACUGGGGAGCGAGGAGGCUCCACUCCGCCCGCCCUGCUCCUGCUGCUCUCGCGCCUCUGCCUGGACUACGAGACCUCCACCAUCUCAUACAUACUCACGCUGACGGACGAGCAAUUCCUGGUGCAGCACCACUCCCCUGUGACUGCAGUGACGGCUCUGUGUGCUGAAGCCAGAGAGGCAGCCCAGAAACUUCUGAAUCACUACGUGAAGGUCCAGGGAUUGAUCAUCUCCCAGAUGUUGAGGAAGAGUGUGGAGACCAGAGACUGGGUCAACACUAUCGAGCCCAGGAACGUGCGAGCUGUAAUGAAGAGAGUUGUGGAAGACACCACAUCCAUAGACGUCCAGGUGGGCCUUCUUUAUGAAGAAGGGGUGAGGAAAGCCCACAGCAGCGACUCCAGUAAGAGGACCUUCUCUGUCUACAGCAGCUCAAGACAGCAAGUCCGCUACGCACCCAGCUACACUCCAAGUGCUCCCAUGGACACCAACCUCUUGAGUAACAUCCACAAGCUUUUCUCUGAAAGGAUCGACAUCUUCAGUCCAGUGGAGUUCAAUAAGGUGUCGGUCCUGACGGGCAUCAUCAAGAUCAGCCUGAAGACCUUCCUGGAGUGUGUGCGUCUGCGCACCUUCGGCCGCUACGGCCUGCAGCAGAUCCAGGUGGACUGCCACUACCUGCAGAUGUACCUCUGGCGCUUCGUCUCGGACGAGAACCUGGUGCACUUCCUGCUGGACGAGAUUGUGGGCAGCGCGGCCCACCGCUGCCUGGACCCCGCGCCCAUGGAGCAGAGCGUCAUCGAGGUCAUCUGCGAGAGAGGCUAGAGGUCAGGACAGACUUUAAUCCAGGCAACGAUGACCCUGCACACUCAUGCUGUUUUCAGAGCAACUAGAGCAGUGCUGGGGCCCAUUCUCGCACCGUUAGCAUUCAGAACCAAAGUGUAUACUGGUCUGUGUACUGAACUGCUGGUGACCACUUGUUACCCCGAGGCACUUUCUGACAUCUAUGUUGUCGUCACCGUUCACAGAGAAAAAAACAAACAAGUAUUUUCCAGUUCUCAGCGUGUACCAACUUUCUGAUUCCCCAACAGUCACUCACAACACUUAUAGAAGUCGCUUCAAGAUAAAGUGCGGGAGCGGGAAUCUUGCACUGACAUGGUUCUCUGUCGGCCUGAAUAGUUAUGGGGGGGUGGCGUCCGCGCAAAUGUCUUAUCCUGAGCGUAUCGCUCGGUGCGUAAUUCCAAGCGCAGUAUAAUGAAAAGGAAGAAAGGAGUCGCACACUGGAGCUGAAUGCAGAAUUAAAAACUGUAUUAAACAAAGCCGAAAAAAGUAAAUAAAACCGACAGACAGGGGACAAACGUUUCUGAUGAUGGGCUAGAUCCGAAAUGUUUGUCCCUUGUCUGUCGGUUUUAUUUACUUUUUUUCGGCUUUGUUUAAUACAAUCUCUGUCAGCCUGAGAUGUUAACUGAGGAAGGGCCGUGGUGGACCUUGUCUGUGUGCUGGUCAUCGUUGUCUGCUUGAGAUGCCGACUUCACCUGCCUGCAGCUGUUUUAACUUUAUGGAUGUGUGGUAAUCGACUGAGAGACUGUAAUUCACCAGCUGCUGAGUAAAAAACGCUACAUCCAUUUUCUCUCUGACCACUGGAAUGAACUUUGUGACUGAGCAUUUUACUUGUGAAGGAAGAUGAAGUACAGGUCAUUAUUAUGAUUCCUAUUAAUGUGUAAGAUGGCUUGAUUUGUUGUAUGUAUGUAUGUAUGUAUGUAUGUAUGUGUGUAUGUAUGUAUGUAUGUAUGUAUGUAUGUAUGUAUGUAUGUAUGUAUGUGAUGGAUAAAAUAAAACUGAUAAUGUGUCACUCA